ACCACUCUACGGUCUAUACCAUAUUAUGUUGUAAUAUUAUAUACCAAUUGGUGUUCCUGUUAAACCAAUUAAAUUCAAUUGUAACUGAAUACUGAUAAGAUAGCGGCAAGGCAACGUUACAGCAUUUAUUAUAUACAGUAAUAAUAUUAUACUCCCGGUUAAUAGUUCCAUGUUUAUAUAGUUUAAACAUUUCCACAGAAGAGUUUGUAGUGUACACAUCGAUAAAAAUUGAAAAUGGCAAGUAGCUUUCGGCUUUACUAGUAUUUGACAAUAGUUGUUUUAUUAAAAUAUGCAAAUGUUGUAUGGCUCCUCUACAUUGUUAUGCAUUAUCAUAAUUUAAUUAAUUAAUUUUUUAAGUGAGCGUUUUAAAUAAGUCGUUUAAUCCUUGAAGCUGCAUUCGAAUCGGCAAUGGAAAUAUUUUAGCUAACUUAUACUUGCAAUAGUAUACUGAUUUUAUCAACAAGCUAUCCAUAAAGUAAAACAUGUAUAAAAAAUGAAUCAAAAUGAAAAGUGCUGAUAAAUCAAUUCGUUUAUAAAUUCAGAUAUGUCGUAUGUCCGAUUAAACCGUCAGGAUAUAAGUCAACAAGUGAAACGGAUUUAUCCUUCCAGAAUCAGAGAUAUUUUACAUUUUAGUAGACCUGGGGUAAACAAAAACUCUCUUUUAACUUUUUUGAUUGGUGUCAUAUUUGGUUUAUUUUUUGCCUACACUGCAAUAUCUGUCACUGAAUGUCAUUUUAAAGAUAUUGCUAUAUUUCCAUCGAAAUAUUCUUACGGGUUUAGUGAUCAUGCGAAAAAGCACAAAGAUGCUCAUUCUCAUGACCAUAAUGACGAUGAAAAUAUGAUUGGUGAUGAUGUUGAAGUAAAACCUCAUGGAGAAAACGAAACAUUACACUUCCAUGAAGACACUGUGGCUCAAGAACUUAAAAAAAGAGUUCGAGUACUUUGUUGGGUAAUGACAAAUCCCAGUAAUCACAUGAAAAAAGCGAGGCAUGUCAAAGCUACAUGGGGAAAACGAUGUAAUACAUUAUUGUUUAUGAGUACUGCUAAAGAAGAGAGUUUACCAACUAUUGUUUUGCCUGUAAAAGAAGGACGAAAUCAUUUAUGGGGGAAAACUAAAGAAGCUUUCAAGUACAUUUAUAACAACUACGAUGAUUAUGAUUUUGUUCUUAAAGCAGAUGACGAUACGUAUGUUAUAGUUGAAAACUUAAGAUAUUUACUUAUGUCAUAUGAUCCAAACUCGCCUAUCUAUUUAGGGUGUAGGUUUAAGCCUUACGUGAAACAGGGCUAUAUGAGUGGUGGUGCAGGUUAUUUAUUAAGUAAAUAUGCAGUAAGAAAGUUUGUGGAAGAAGCAAUACCUAAUGAGCGGUGUCGUCAAGAUACUGGUGGUGCUGAAGACGUUGAAAUUGGAAUAUGUCUACAAUUAGUAGGUGUAAAAGCUGGUGACACUAGAGAUAGUUUGGGCCGUGGCCGAUUCUUUCCGUUUGUACCGGAACACCACCUCAUACCUGGACAUACUACACCAGAUUUUUGGUACUGGCAGUAUUUAUACUACCCUGGUGUAGAGGGCAUGGACUGCUGUUCGGACACUGCGAUUUCAUUCCAUUAUGUUUCUCCCAAUAGCAUGUACGUACUGGAGUAUUUGAUUUACCACUUGCGACCAUACGGAGUGUCACAGAACUUAGAUAUCGCCGUCUCUAAAACGAUUAACGCCGACGAACAUAAUAAAUAUAUCAAGACUGAUCAACUGACGAAUAAAACAUUAAAUGAUUUAACAUAAACGUGUGUUUUACAUAUCAUCAGGGGAAGGCUAUUUAUUUGGAAUUCUACUUUUUACUAUUAAAAAUACUACUAUGGUAUACAAAUAGAGACUAUCCAUUUUGUGCCAUUUAUCUGCUAAUUUUAGCAAACCAUACCUACUUACAUAACUUUACCAUUUAAUAUUUUAUUUCAAAAAUUCUAGUCAAUUUGCUCAUUGGAGCUCUGAACAAACGUUACUAGAGCUUAAAUUUAAUAAUAUUAUUUGUCGAUAAAAUUAUAAUUAUGUAUAAUUAAUAAUAUUUUCUUGGUGUUCAUAAAAAAAAAAAAAAAUAAAUAAUAAGAUCAAAUUCCU